UUCUUUUCUCAAGAGCUGGACCUGUGAGUCCCGAGAGUCCCUCAGCACGUGGCCUGCGCUGUUGGUUUGGGGACUUCCGAGCGGUCUGGGAGGUGGCGGUUCGCAGAGAGGUGCUUAGGUUCGCCACAGGUAAAACCAUCCUCGGUGCUAUUCCUGCCCCAGGAAGGGCGGACGGCUCAGUCAUGGAUUAUCGGCGGCUCCUGAUGAGCCGGGUGGUGCCCGGCCAGUUUGACGACGCGGAGUCCUCCGACAGUGAAAACACAGAUUUGAAGACAGUCAAAGCAGAAGAUGACAUUCUAUUUGAAGAUUUACAAAAUAGUGUGACUGAGAAGAAAGGUGAAGGUGAGAUAGAAGAGGAGGAAGAAGAGGAGGACUAUGACAACGAUGAUGACUGGGACUGGGAUGACGGAGUUGGAAAACUCACCAAGGGCUGUGCCUGGAGUGGAGUGAGUAGCCCACAGGCAAAUCGACAGACUUCCAACUGCAGUGCGGCUAAAAUGUCUACUCCAGCUGAUAAGGUUUUACGGAAAUUUGAGAAUAAAAUUAAUCUAGAUAAGCUAAAUGUUACUGAUUCUGUCAUGAAUAAAGUCACCGAGAAGUCUAGACAAAAGGAAGCAGACAUGUAUCGCAUCAAAGAUAAGGCGGACAGAGCAACUGUAGAACAGGUUUUGGAUCCCAGGACAAGAAUGAUUUUAUUCAAGUUGUUGACAAGAGGGAUCAUAUCAGAGAUAAAUGGCUGCAUCAGCACAGGAAAAGAAGCUAAUGUAUACCAUGCCAGCACGGCAAAUGGAGAGAGCAGAGCAAUCAAAAUUUAUAAAACUUCGAUUUUGGUGUUCAAAGAUCGGGAUAAGUAUGUAAGCGGGGAGUUCAGGUUUCGUCAUGGCUACUGUAAAGGAAACCCUAGAAAAAUGGUGAAAACUUGGGCAGAAAAAGAAAUGAGGAACUUGACCAGGUUAAACACAGCAGAGAUUCCAUGUCCCAAACCGAUAAUGCUAAGAAGCCACGUUCUUGUUAUGGGUUUCAUUGGUAAAGAUGACAUGCCCGCACCACUCUUGAAGAAUGUCCAGUUAUCAGAAUCCAAGGCUCGUGAGUUGUAUCUGCAGGUCAUUCAGUACAUGAGAAGAAUGUAUCAGGAUGCCCGACUCGUCCACGCAGAUCUCAGCGAAUUUAACAUGCUGUACCACGGUGGCGGCGUGCACAUCAUUGACGUCUCCCAGUCUGUGGAGCAUGACCACCCCCAUGCCCUGGAGUUCCUGCGGAAGGACUGUGCCAAUGUCAACGAUUUCUUUAUGAAGCACGCUGUUGCCGUGAUGACCGUGCGGGAGCUCUUUGAAUUUGUCACGGAUCCGUCCAUCACGCCUGAGAACGUGGAUGCUUACCUCUCAAAGGCCAUGGAAAUAGCCUCUCAGAGGACUAAGGAAGAAAGGUCCAGCCAAGAUCAUGUGGAUGAGGAGGUGUUCAAGCGAGCAUAUAUUCCCAGGACCUUGAAUGAAGUGAAGAAUUACGAAAGAGAUAUGGCUGUGAUGAUGAAGCUGAAGGAGGAGGACAUGGCCAUGAAUGCACAGCGGGACGAUAUUCUAUACCAGACUGUCACAGGAUUAAAGAAAGAUUUGUCAGGAGUUCAGAAGGUGCCUGCGCUCUUAGAAAAUGAGGAUCAGGAAAAGACCUGUUCUGAUUCAGAAGAUGCCGGGAGCUCUGCGCACUCCGACACUGACCCUGAGGAGCAGGGGGCUCAGGCGCGGGGCCAGAAGCACACCACAGAGCCUGACGUGGACAGGAAGGAAAGAAAAAAGAUGGUCAAGGAAGCUCAGAGAGAGAAAAGAAAAAACAAAAUUCCUAAACAUGUGAAAAAAAGAAAGGAGAAAACAGCCAAGACCAAAAAGGGCAAAUAGGGUAAAGCCACCUCUGCUUGCCGUAUCCUCCGGCAUCCUCUUCCCUGCCGAGCUGCUGCUGGGAGCCCCGUCCAGAUGGGGCCAGGCCUGCUGAGCUCGAGCCAUGUGUCGGGGCAGCCACGUGAGCCCCCAGCUGGGGCGUCAGCUUCUGUCACCGACCUGGUGUGGACAGAGAAUUGCUGCGAUGAAGAACUUUAUAUAGGAUUUUGUUUUUUGUUUUUUUUUUUCUGCUGCCAAAUGUUUUGGAGAGAUUCUAGAUGUGUAACUGUGAUGCACAUCCGGGACCUUCACGUGAGGUGAGGGCAAACAGGAAGGGGGGUUUUCAGCCACACACGUCUGAGUCACUGAUUACACGGUGUGGUUCCUGUAAGAGGGAGCUUUGCUCCCGCAGCCCCAAGCUCGCCCGCCUGCCAGCCACAGCUAUGUCCUCAGCCUUGAUCCACGUGACUCCCAUGCGGAAUCUUUCUAGUUCUUUGCGUUCCUCAGCUGUUUCCCUUACAGUCAGCGCAUUCCUUAAACAGAUAAAUUGAGUACCUGACGUGCUAGGUAGGGCUGUGAAUGAAACAGACACCUGUGAGACCCUGUCAGGAGGCUAUUGGCUCGGUCUGCAGCCUGUUUCCUUUGCUUUUUCUGGCAGUGUGUUGGCUGCACAGAACACUGGGUUUGUGUGGUCUGCUCCUAUGUGCAUAUGAAAUAUGGGGUAAUUUCUACUCCUCAACCCGCUUUGCCUACCCCCAUUCCUCUUCUGUUCUCCAAGUUUCUCUUAUGCUUUUGUGUUGUCUCUUUUUUCCUUCAAGAUUUCAUGUACCAGCUGCAUGGUGGUGCAUGCCUGUAAUCCCAGCA